AUGUCUCAGAUCCUUAGCAUGAAGAAGAAUGAGGAUGCCGCCAAGAAGAGGAAGCCAAAGACCAGUGCCGCUCAGAUUCGUGUGCAGAAAGACCUCACUGAACUGGAAUUGUCUUCCACCAUGAAGACGCACUUCCCAGAUCCGACCGAUCUCCUCAACUUCACACUUACAAUUACUCCCGAUGAAGGCAUGUACAAGGGUGGCGCGUUUAACUUCUCUGUCAAUAUCAACACCAACUACCCACACGAGCCACCAAAGGUCAAAUGUACACAAACCAUCUAUCAUCCUAACGUAGAUCUCGAAGGAAACGUCUGCCUGAACAUUCUCCGUGAGGACUGGAAACCAGUCCUCAACCUGAACUCCGUGUUGGUCGGAAUGCAGUAUCUCUUUCUGGAGCCGAACGCCGACGAUCCACUGAACAAGGAGGCCGCGGAGGAGUUGCGGAGGAAUCGAGAUCAGUUCAUUUUCAACGUGAAGAGCUCCAUGCGAGGAGGCAACCUCAAGGGCGUUCAGUAUGAUAAGGUGCUCGUACAAUGA